CUAGAAUUUUUUAGUUUGAGGUCAAACUUUUCUUUUCUUUUUCUUUUGUUUCUGGUUUAUGUCAUCGGAAAGAGAGUGAGUGACAGGGAAGUCAUGUGGAGCGAGAAGAGAGGAAGAGAGAACCUCUAAAAAUAGCGUUUCUACUUUUGCCUGCUUGUGCUUUUAAGAGAGAAUCAAACAACGAUUUUGCGGAGAGAGAGAAAUUUUAGAGUGAGAAACGAAGACCGAGGGUGAUGCAAAUACAGAGCCAGAAGCAGCAGUGCGUGCAGAGCUGCUUUGAAGAGAGAAUGGAGCAUAAUAACAGACCCUCUUAAAUGGAAUAGGCCUAUUUUACACACACAGAGGAAAAAGAAAGAGACCCAUUUUAGACAGAGAAAGCCCCAUUUUACAGAGAGAGGGAGAGCACAGGGUCCAUUUUGAUUUAGCCCUAUUUAGAUUUUACAGAGAGAGGGAGAGCACAGGCCCAUUUUGACUCAGCCCCAUUUAGAUUGUACAGAAAGAGGGAGAGCACAGGUCCAUUUUAAUUCAGCCCCAUUUGGACUCUACAGAUAGGGGGAGAGCACAGGCUCAUUUUGAUUGAUUCAGCGUGCCAAUGACAGUAGAGGGUGUGAGAGAGAAAAAGAGAUCAAUGGGAAUGCCACAGAAUCCUUGUCUUCUGGUCGCCCUCGGCCUCGCCACCAUCUUCAUUGCGGCGCUUCUCUCCAUGUCGUACACCGGCGUCUCCCCCCUCUGCUCCCCACUCCUCUCCUAUUCUUCAAACUCACAUCCAAUCCAACUAUCAGCAAUCCUCCACUACGCCACCACUUCCAUAACUCCCCAACAAUCAUUCUCCGAGAUCAACCUUACUUACUCGGUCCUCCUCCACCGCGCACCCUGCAACUUUCUGGUGUUCGGACUAGGCCAUGACUCCCUCAUGUGGGCCGCCCUCAACCCAGGCGGCCGCACUCUAUUCCUCGAAGAGGACCCCAAAUGGCUCCACUCUGUCCUCAGUUCUGCGCCCUAUCUCAAUGCCCACGCCGUCCAAUAUGAAACCAAGCUAUCGCAGGCCGAGAACUUGAUCAAUUCCCAUCGAUCAUAUCCCGAUUGCGAAAUGGGGGAAACCCUGUUAGAAUCAAAGUGCCCUUUGGCGAUCAAGAGGUUCCCCAGAGAGGUGUAUGAGACCGAGUGGGACGUAAUCAUGGUGGAUGCGCCGCGGGGCUACUUUGACAGUGCCCCCGGCAGGAUGGGGGCCAUCUACUCUGUGGCAGUCAUGGCGAGGCGGCGCAGAGGGGCCGGCACCACCGACGUGUUCGUGCACGACGUGAACCGGAAGGUCGAGAAGAGGUAUUCUGAGGAGUUUUUGUGCAGAAAAUAUUUGGUGGAGGGGACAGGGAGGCUUUGGCAUUUCAGGAUUCCGCCUUCAAAUGCAAUGGAAGGGAAGCCGUUCUGCUGAUGGUGGUUUCGGGUGGCCGGAAAACCACUUUUUGGGAAGGGAAAAGGGCGGUGUCGUUUUGGGGGGAUACUUUCUCUACUAAAUUCCUGUCUGUGGUUUUGUUCUGCAAAUUUGUGGUCAUCAAUGAAUGGUGAGUAAAAACCGCUUUAUGGGGGUGAAGAGCGGUUUUGAGGUAAGUAUUCUGAUUUUUUUUCUGGUAAAUUUAGAGGCCUGAAUUAGUACCCGAAAUGGCGGAAAUCUUUUACGUUCGGCUAAACUGGCGGAGGUCGUGACAGGGGGAAAACGUGCCCGCGGAAGUAACCGGUAUUCAGGGAACGUCGCCUUGCGGCCGUAAAUCAAUAUAGUAUAUGAGCUUUUCUUAGUUUAUAACACUAUAAUUUAUGCCAUCUUUGUUUUGUGCUUUGUAUUAGUAUUAACUUUCUUCGACAGUACGAUUAUUAGCUGUCUUCUUUCGUUAAUUAAUGAGCAUAUAGUUUC